CUUCACUAGAGAGUAGAGACUGGGUUCUCAGCAGCUCUGAGCCUUAACCUUCCUUUUCUUUGUCUUCUUCUUCCUCCCAAGUCGAAGCCUCUCAAUAAAAUAAGUCACUUGUCUCUCUCUCUCAGGUGGAAGAAAAGAAAAAUUAAAUCAAAUUCUCUCCCUUCUCUUCCUCUCUUAGUCCUCCAUUUUCAGGUUUUCAACGCUUAGGCUAGUUCUGUACUCUUUUUCCUGGUUGUUUUUUAUUCAAUCUAACUCUACUCCUCUGUUUCUCAAUGUCCUCUGAUUUUUUUCUCUUGGACGGCUCUUUCUUUCGCAAUUCGAGCCCUGAUGUCGACUUGCAGUUAACAUCCGAACCCCUUUUCUCUUUCCCUGACCCAUCAUCAUCGUCUUCUGAAAUCCUCAGUCUCCAAUUCUCAACCGAAACCGAACGAUGCUCUUCUGGAGAUCAAAACGCCGUUAAUCUCUUAUCCUGUUCGCCUCCCAGCCAAAAAUUGAAUCACUUGUUGUUAGAGUCCAUAACCCAGGUUCAGCCUGUACCUAUCCAACCUAAUUUUGCAGAUGAUGGGCUCACAUGCUCAUCUAUUUUGGAUUCUAACAAGUUUGGGUUGAUCUCAGAAGAUGGUUUUGUGAAUUUUGAAUCUUCUCAUAUUUCUUCAGUUCCUCCCAGCAGUUAUAGUGGUAACGGUGCUCCGAAGGUCCAAGCUGGAAUGAUACAGAGGAGCCUCAGUAGCCAUUCUCUCGACCGAAGACCGAGUUUUCACUACCAUCCUCGCAUCAGUUCUCUAAUAGAGUCCCCAAAUUUUCCAACUCAAGCCAUGGAUUCGCCUAAAGACAGUAACUUUACCCUGUCCAUGCGAAGGGCUUGCAGCACAGGCGAUUUACAAAGAAUUACAUCAACACAUCAGAAUCAUGGAUUUUCCUCGAGCCCGUUAUCUGUAGAGAGUUCAUUCACAGAGGAAGGGAGCCUCAAAGUACGAAAGUACAACGCAGAAGAGAGGAAACAGAGGAUUCAUAGGUACAGAAGCAAGCGCACUCAGAGAAAUUUCAACAAGACAAUAAAGUAUGCAUGUCGAAAGACACUGGCCGACAGUAGGCCCAGAGUACGUGGCAGAUUCGCCCGCCAUGACGAAUCUGGAGAGAUUCCCAAAUUUACAGGUUUCAAUCGCGAGGAAGAAGACGAAGACGAACUUUGGGUCGAUGGGUUCCAGGAAGAAGCCGUGGAUGCGAUGAUGAGAGGCACAACAGGUCGAGGAGGAGGGUUUGAUGGUGGUGUCUGCUUCAAUCCAACUGAGUUUCAGUACUACGGGUUCUGACUUCUGGGUUCGAGUUGCAGCCUUGCAGACUUAAUGCUCUGCUUUAGCAAUUUGCUUUCACUUUCCCAGCUUAGCUUGCCUGGGAGGAGGGAGCUCGGAUUCUCUGUUUCCUUCUUCUUUACCUCUUAUUUGUGUUCUGAAUUCUGACCAAAGAUGGCGACUCGUGAGGAGGCCCUGUGGUUUUGGAUUGGAGCAAUGGAAAUAAAAAAACAAAAGAGAAAGAGAACUAAAGCUGUGUUUGGAAGCCAAAAAAAAAGAAUGAAUUUCUUAUUAUGGCCAUGUUGUAUAUGAGAUUACUUCUACAAUUCUACUUUGUCAUUUUAUUACAAUGAAUUUUAUUGAAUAUGAUGUG